ACACAUGCGCUGAACGGACGCCGCGGAAAACACAUUGGUGGAUGUAGGCAUUGAGGGAUUACUAAAGACAUGGCGGCCAACAUCGAGCAAAUUUUUCGCGAUUUCGUAGUAAAUAAGAUAAAAGAAAUUGAAGAUGAGAGUCAAGACAUCAUUCUGACAGAUGAAGGCCAUCCCAAUGGUAAAACUGCAGAAGGCGCAGAUGGGAUCAACAACACACAAGAUAAAGAUGGCAUAGCCAAUAAGGAAGAGGGUGAUGUCCCACAAAAGAAACACAAGAAGCACAAGAAGCACAAGAAACACAAAAGCAAAAAGAAGAAACGUAAGGAAGAGAAAGAGAGCGGCUCAGAAUCAGCAGCAGACUCUGAUGGAGACAAGGCAAAGACUGGGGAAGAGGAUGAUGGGAGAUCCAAGCGGCAUAAACGACAUUCUGGGAAGAAGAAGAAAAAAAAGCAGAAGAAAGAUGGUGACAAGUCCAACACCUCAUCUGGGUCGGAGUCCGAGUCAAAGCCUCAGCCUGGGAACAAGGAGAGCAAACCUCAGGAUCUGCCUGAUAUCAUCCCUAAACUAGAGGAGAAGUGUCCGGAAAAGUCCUCCUCCAGACGCUCACGGUCUCGUUCAGGCAAGCGCAGGUCCAGAUCCAGGGACAGGAGAGGGAGAUCCAGAUCGAGGUCCGGUCGAAGACGUGGCGGACACACACGUUCAAGAUCACGGCACCGGAGGUCCAGGUCACAUUCUAGAAGGUCUGGGUCUGCCAGGAGAGACAGGAGAACCCGGUCAAGGUCCCUCGUGAUCUUGAAGAAAGACAGACGGUCUAGAUCGAGAUCCAGAAGGCGAUCGAAAUCUAAGACGAGAUCUCAGUCGAGACACCAAGAGAUGAGUUCAGGAUCUCCCUCUCCAUCCAGAAACGACAAAUCCAAAUCCAGGUCUGCCUCAAGAGACAGCCAAUCAGCCGAGAAGGAUCCCUCUGCGGCCCUGGCUAAAGAUGACUCUGCUGUGAUAGACGAAAAUGUAAUGGUUGCAAUCGAUCCGCCAGCCCUAGCUUCCCAAAGCAGCAUUGAUGGUGUUGUCAAUAUGGCCGUUGCCACUGGAGGAGGGUGGAAGCCGAUACCCUUCUUAGGGGACAGCAGUAAGGGAGAGCCAGCCGUUUCGUCCCAGCCCUCAGAAUGUCUGACGUCUCCACAGAAGUGUCCUAUUUCUCCCAAGGUGCCUUCAGGUGAGCAGCAUGAGACCUCCACUGACCACCAGUCAACGUCAGCAUCUGACCCCAACCUCAGCGGCCAGCCAACUGGUGAGCCAGGGGAAUCGGAUGGACCUGUUACUUCAGAAACCUUGGAUGGCUCUGUAGAUUCCUUACCCCCCAAAACAGAUGCUGGUGGAGGGGACAAGGUGACACCUCAGGGUGAAGAGCUGCCUGCCUCACCUCAACCUAAACCACAGCCAACAUCUGGAGAGGCAGAGACGACAGAGAAGGAAGGAGAAUCCUCAAAGUCCAGGUCUCCUUCAAAGAGGAAAAAGUCAAGGUCAAAGUCUCUUGGUCAGAAGAAACGCUCUGAUGCAAAGUCCUCCAAGAGGAGGAGGUCCAGAACCAAGUCUCCAGGGAGGAAAAGGAAAUCGAGGUCCUCGUCGCCAAGCCACAAGAGGAAGUCCAGGACGCCGUCUCGGAGGAAGGGGUCUCGCUCAAAGUCCGGGACGAGAAAGAAGAAAUCACGGUCCAAAUCCAGAACGCGGAACAAGCGCUCAAAGUCUAGGUCGCCGAAAAGGAAACGAUCCAAGUCACGGUCUCCUGCUCGGAGGUCAAAGAGAUCGAGGUCACGCUCCGGUUCGCGGCGGAGGGGUAGGGGUGCAUUCGGCGGCCACCAGCUGAGCCAGAGGGACCGCUGGAAGCGUGAGCCAAGCCACUCCCCAGUCCUCAUCCUUCGCAAGAAGAGGUCUCCAGCACGCACCAACCGCGACACCAGCAAAAGCCCGCCACGACUCACAGAGCUGGAUAAAGACCAGUUACUGGAGAUUGCUAAGGCUAAUGCAGCCGCCAUGUGUGCCAAGGCCGGGAUACCCAUCCCAGAGAGCCUGCGACCUAAAGCAGUCCUCCAGCUGCCUUUACCCAACCCCAUGUCCUUCUCCAUGCCCAUGAAUAUGAACAUGCCCAUGAACAUGUCUAUGAACAUGCCUAUGAGCAUGACCAUGAAUGCAGCUAUGGCUAGCAUGACAGCUGCCACAAUGACUGCUGCCCUGGCCAGUAUGGGAUCUAUGGCCUCCAUGCACCAGAUGGCCCCGCUCCCCAGCAUCACCAACAAGCCCCCGCCAGGUCCCCCCCAGCCCAACAUGGCCACCAUUGAGGAUGUGAAGAGGAAGGUGGCCAAGCAGGCAAACAGCAUCAGCAUCAAGGAGUUCACUGACAAGUGUAAGAAGAUUGUGGAGAAGGGAGGGGAGCUGGCCCUCGCUGAACCCCGUAUAUCUGACGACGAGGACGACGCCAAACCGUUUGGACGAGCCGCCCUGAGGGAGGUCAAGGGCAUCUCCUUCAGCCUCAAUAACGCAUCCGUGCGUCCAUCGCCGGCGUUGGCGGUUCGGAGCGAGGCGGCGUUCGCCAAGGAGUUCCCCGUCUCGUCGGGCUCCCAGCACAGGAAGAAGGAGGGCGACGGGGGAGGGGCUUAUGGAGAGUGGGUGACCGUCGACAAGAAGGCGGAAAAGGCCAAGGCGGCGGCGACCAAGGCAUUGGCAACGGCUGCCAAGGAAACUUCGCCUGGGGAUGCGCCUUUGUCUGCGGUGUCUGUGGCAACGGAGGAGCCGGCAGUCGUCAAGGAGAGUGAUAGUGUGUUCCCGGAGCCGCCACUACAGCCUGUAGACAUCACCCAGGCAGUCGGUGAGAGGAUGAAGGCCCAGAAGCGUCUGGCCGAGAACCCGUACGACGUCAGCGCCAUCUGCAUGCUCAGCCGUGCUCAGGAACAGGUGGAUGCAUGGGCCCAGUCCAACACCAUCCCUGGACUGUUUACAGGUUCUACUGGAGCAACGGUGCUCAGCUCAGAGGAGCUGUCCAACAGCGGACCACAGGCCUGGAUCAAGAAGCAGGUGCAAAUGCAGUACUGACACCCGGCCACUAUUGGUGCUCCGGUCUAACACCCGGCUACUAGUGGUGCUCUGGUCUGUCCACUAAAUAGUCUCCCCCUCGGAGUCGGAAUAGGGACAUGGAGGGAGGGGAGGAAGAGGAGAGCUGGAAGUAAGUCUGCAGACCCCAGAACCCCCCCUUGUCCUCUAGCACCCCAGGGUAAGGCAGAGAUUAUGGUCCAUCUCAGUAGUCUAAAGAUGCUUCCUCGUCUCUUUCCUUGGAUUCACACUGAUCUCAGAACAGGGGAAAGGGAAAAUCACUAUUCUUUCACCUAUCCUGCCUUUUCAGAUCAGGUCAGAUUUUAUUGGGGACUUUCGGUGAGGAAGUGACUUUAGACUAUUCAGAUGCACCCUAAGACAGGUUACUAUAGUCUCUACCGUCACGCUGUCUUCCUAUCACUCCCCCACACCCAGUCACACAGAAUGUCAUCAGGCCCAGAGAUAACCAUAGUCGUUUGUCCUCUGUCUGUGGACCCCGUCUGGACCCUCCUACCCUGUAGUGUUUCUAUAGUGGGCUGUUUGAAGCCAGUGGGUGUAACUGUACCCCAAGCCUCCCUGAGCUCUGUAAACACACAGAGGCAGGGCGCUACUGUUACUGUUUUAAAUGUAACAUGUUGAGGAAUCUCUCUCAGGUUGGUUACACAUUGUCACAUCAUUUGGCUAUAGAGAGAGUGAUGGAUCUGCUGAGUUCAUUAUUCACUUAAUACGACACGUCCUUCACAUGCAGAUGCUAUGUGCAGAUGCCAUGGACAUAUGCUGUGGACAUGUUCAGAGACAUGAAAUAGGGAUGAGAGUGCAUUGAUCAUACUAAUGUUAGUGACAUGCAUUUUGCUAGCAUUGCAGCAGCUAACAUUGAUUUACAGCACGCUAGCAUUGCAGCAGCUAACAUUGAUUUACAGCACGCUAGCAUUACCAGCAUAUGGACUGUUUGUGUGGUUGUUGGGUGCCCCUAGCAACCAGUCCUGGUGCAUUCCGUUUCCCAGUAGAUGAGCAGGGUCUAGUUUUAGACCAGUCAGUGGUCUCUAACCCUAGUCCAGGCUGUGCAGGAUUUUGUUCCAUCCCAGCAUAGUCGUAUAGGUUAGGGCUGUAACAAAAACCUGCACACUAGCUCCAGGACCACAAUUGGAGACCACUGCCUGAGGGAGAUCUCUGUUCUGAGGGACCUAGGCUGGUUACAGGUGUCCAUGGACAUGCCUGUGCUCUUUCCCUUGCCCUGGGGGAGGCUGCGGUCAGAAGUUGCUCCUAGUCACAGAUCUAGGAUCAGCUUCCCUUCUGCAAAUCCUAACUCCAAGCUGACCUAGGUGUCUAGGAGCAACUUCCUCCCAGUCCUUGGGGCAGCCCGAGGAAGGAGGUUGAUAAGAGGGGUCUGGAUUGGAGCAGAGGGAGAGAGGUGUGGGUUCACAGGGGUGACCUGUGAACUUUCACCUCUCUGUGUAUUGGACACUUGUUUCAGGGUCAGUCCUUGUAGCUGUCCUUGUUGCCAUGGCCACAGUCAGGCCCCCCUCUCAUUUCCUGUCUGAUGCUGGGCCGGUGAUGAGGGGCUAGGUACGUACACCACACAGCGCCUUACUAUACAUCUUGUGUAACCGUGUGUGUGAGAGAAAAGGUGUGUAAGACAGAAAGAAAUGAGGUGUCAAUGCACAGCGCCCUCUUAUUUACCUACAUGUGGUAUAAUGUGUGAAGAAAUAAGUCUCUCGGCUGUGUCUUGAGUUUCACCACAGAAUUUAUUUCAUUUCAUCUGUACUCUUAAUGUGUUUUGAAGUUUCUCUAGAAAUGUUCUCUCAAACGCACGAUUUUCGAAAGCUGCCACCACAGAUAGUUAUUUCUAGUAUUUCACAUAGGGGUAGAGGUUACUACAGACAGAGUAACACACACACACACUCACCGUUAACUGUUAUCCAGAGGCAUGUGAGUUGUCCUGAAGGUUGUCUCUAACUCAAGUCUGACUGUGACACUGGUGUGACUGGAUGAGAGACAGAGUGAGUGGAUUAGGUGAUUGAGAUGUUUUCAAGGUGGAAACUAAUUAUGUGCUUUCGCCUCUGCCUCUUCCCUACCUCUUCACUCUCUUUCUCUCCCUCUUCUCCUCUUCCUCCUCACUCCAUGGUUCUCUCUUCUGUUAUUCUCCUCUUUCUCCCUCUCUUCCUCCCUUCUCUCCUGCUGCUCCCUCUCUGUAGGAUCAGUUCUUGCGAGCAGCCCCGGUGUCGGGAGGAGUGGGGGAGUUUCUCAU